AUGCAACGUUUGGGCCUCUCGUCUUGUUCGACCUCGGGCGUGAAGAAAAAGAGACGAGCUCAGCAGCUAAGCUCAGGCGGUUCAGCUCCUGAAGUGUCCAAGUGGGAUCCUCCUCAAGUCUCUUCCGUGGAAGGUCAUGAGAGGUGUGCCUCUACAUGUGAGCUGGAAAUCCUGUCCCGAGAUCCAAGUGUGAGCGGGCAACAAUCUAAUUUAGAUGCUACUGUAGAUAAGUUGCUUCCGAGCUUGGAAUCCAAGAACAGGAUACCAAGGCCUGCUCGGCUCCAAAAGCAAAUGGACCCUGUAUCUCUAGUCUAA